AUGCCGUUUGCGGGUUCAUCGCAAAAGUUUCAAUCUUCCCAUGAAACAUUCCCUUCCGUUAAUGAUCAAAAUAUCGAGUCAAGGAGGUCCAUAUUCAUCGAACAAACGGAAGAUGCUGAUAGUAAUACGGGAGCUAGUGGUUACACAGUAUUUAUUGAUGAAAAUAGAUUUUCUGAUAUGCUCCUAGCGCAUUCUAGAAGUGAUGAUGAUGAUGAUGACGAUGAUGAUGAUGACGAUGAUGAUGAUGAAGAAGAUUCGUUAGAAACAAUAGAGUCAUCAAAAUUUGAUACAUCGCUAUCACAGGACCUCAGAUUUUCUAAUAAUAUACGACGAAACCCAGCUCUCGAACAAUUCUCUGAAAUACAAUUACAUGCCAUUAUCAAUGGUGCUCCAGCGGACGUCACAUCAAGAACAACAUCCAAUACAACGAAAUAUAAUAUUAUUGAUCCUAACAAGACUCAACCCAUACGAAGUAGCUUUGAUAAAUCCAAUCCACAACACAAGCAUGCAUCCAUCACUACUGAUUCAAAACGAAGUAGCGGAAACCAAAGCCAGCAUUCCAGUCUUGCGGAUCGAAGAAGGCAAGAAAUACUAUCGUCUCAGAGGCAUAGCAGUACGGGGACAAUAGCCACAGCAUUACUGAUGAACGUUGAAGAAUCUCCUGCUAAAUCAUCUAAACGUAAUAGUAGUGACUGUUCAUCGAAACUGUCAUCUAAUUAUAAUAGAGGCGGUCCACAACACCUACAAACGAUUCCAACAACUCAUCAUAUCGACAAUAGGAGAGAAUCCAAUUCGCCGACGACUCCGACAAAGAUAAAUAAUGACUCAACUGACAUGGAUCCUUCAUAUACAUCAACUAUCCUUUAUGAUAAUACUAUAGAACCAAUCCUUGAAGAAGCUGUUAAACUAUUGAAAUUUGAAAUGAAAUCUCCAUAUUCCCAUACACACAAGGUAUCACUCUCAUUGGAUAGUCAUAAUUUGAAUAACACCCUUGACCCUGGAGGUGAUGAGGAUGAUACUAAUGAAGAUGAUGAACGAUUCAUACCUCAAAACUUCAAGAUGGCAUCAAAACCAUCCGUUUCUUCAGGAGAAGCUGAUUUAUCCCAACUUUCAAUACAGACAGACAUUAAAAGAAUUUACGCCAUCCCACAUAGUCCCUCAUUGCUAAGUAACCAUAUUUCUAUACCUAAGAUCAAGAAAUAUGUUGGCUCAUCAAAUUUAGCCGUAACUCCAGAGAGCGGUGCUGAAGAGACUUUUAAUGAAGAGGGAAAAGAGGAUGACAUAUACCACGAUUCCCAUGAGAAAAAAAUAAAAAGUAUUCCAAUCUUACGGGAUAUAUCUGGUUCAAGUAGAUGGAGAAUGACACCAUCAAUGCAUCUAGAGGAAUUUUAUUCUCCUUCAAAACCUACUUCUAAGAGUCAACUUACUCACCAACGCCAAGAAGAAGGGAACGAAGAAUUCAAAGAAAAUCCUGUUGAAACCGUAAAAGUGGAACAUCCCCAAGAAACAGAACACCCACCCCCCGAAUCUCAAAUAGGAAAUGCAUAUAUGACCAUAGAACGUAAUAAUAAACACAUCGGAACCGAAGAAAUGCAUUACAAUCAUAAAAAUUUCAAUGACAUUGAACAGAACAUACCUAAGCAACAAAUUGAUAAUUCGUCUGUAGCUUCUUUCGACUCACAGAACUUCAAAUUUUUUCAAAUAUACUCGUGGCAGAGGAUUUUGCUUGUCAUAUUUUGUUGUAUGCUUGUUCCACCAUCAUUUUUUAUUAUUGCGGUAAAAAAUCCAAUCAUUUCCAACUAUAGACUCAUGCGAAUGCUUAUGAACAAGGAACAUAGACUUGGCUUGUAUAAAGGAUUCAUUUGGGAUGUUGAUUUAACAUGGUUCAAGAAUCUAUGUUUAGUUCUCGGAUGUAUAGAACUAUUAUGCAUUUUUGCAGGAAUUGGUAUCGGAUUUGGCGUCGGUCUGACACGAAAAUAA